UCGAUCGUCUGUCGAGAACCUUUUGCUCUCGGCCAUCGGCGCUCGGGGAAUUCUCCUCGGUCUGCUCUGUAGGUCAGUUUCCACGCUGUUUUCCCACUCCUCUUACUUCCUCCUCUCUAGAUUGUUGAUUGGUUCCAUCCCGAUCGGGCUCUCUUCCGCGCUUUCUGGGUGUUAGAUUCGUUGAUUCCUUAGGAAUUCGCCUCGUGUUAUGGAUUCGACUUCCAUCUGAACUUUCCCGUUCUGCGAUUUAUAAGGGGUUUUAUAUCAUCCUCAUCAGGUGAAUUCAGGCCUUUGCCCCUUAGGGUUGUCUUUUCUUUCGCCCCUUUCUUGAUUUCUAGGGUUUGGUUUGGUCAACCCACCCCAGUCCCCUCUAUAGGUGGUUCUUGUGUUAUGGCGGCCGGUCGACAUGGUGGUUACCGAGAUAAUAGAUUGCAGGACCGGGAAACAGAUGUUGAGGUCUCCAGGAGGAAGGAUUAUUAUCGGGAUGGUCUCCGUGAUGGAGGUCGUAAUGGGGACCAUAGCCGAGAUGUGCGUGAUAGGAUUAGUGUCAGGCAAAAAGACAUCAGGGAGAUGGGUGCGGUGAAUGGCUCCUACAGCUCCCCGUUGAACAAUUUGAGCGGCGGAAGCAGUCAUAGUCAGAAAAUCAAUCACCUUUCUGGGAGAGAUGUUGACCGUGAGGCUGGGGAGUUGUCCAGUGGGAGUGGAUCAGAUGAUGCUGAAGCACCCAUAUCAAAAAUUAGGGAGAAUGGGACUCAGGAUAAGGAGAAUGGUGAUUCUUCCAUGUCUAUUAGGAAAAGGAAGUUUUCUCCAAUCAUUUGGGAUAGGGAUGACGAUAAGAAAUCUGCUGUUGCUACUUUCGGAAACAAGUGCAACAAGUUUGAGCAAGUUAACCUGCCUCCGCCACCUCCUCUGCCUGAGGGUUUUGUACCACCACAUUCCAUCGAGGUUGUUCUACCAUGUGCUGUGAAUAUGUCACCUGUAGAUAUAGAUGUAGACGUCCCUGCAGACUCACCACAAGAACAGUUGGUAGAUCCUGAUCAGGAGGCCCGGUUAGUAGAUGACUACGAAGAGGAACUUGCACCAGCUCGGAGUAUUUCUUUCUCCAGAUGGGCAGAUGGAAACAGUGUUCUUAAUGACGAUGAAGAUAAACCUUUUGAGGAUGAUCUUGUGCCCAAAAGGAGGAAGGCCACACCUUUAUCUGAUUUGGGAAGGCAACAAAUGCAGAAAAAGACGCCAACUCCUGAGCUAGGCGAGGUUAUUGUGAGAGUAAACUCAGGUGGGUCUCCAUGUAAGCUAUCUGAUUCAGAGGGAAAGUAUGGAAAUGCUGACUGGGAGCUUGGGAAUGACAGAAAUGAUUAUAUGGAUGUUGAUGGCGAUGAGUAUGAUACAGACACAAGUGAUCAACUCUCUAAUACCGACUCCGAGGGCAAAGAUGAUGAGGCCAAGAUGCUGGGGCCAGCACAGCCACCUCAAAGAUGUAUAAACAUGUUGCAAGGAUGUCGAAGCGUGGAUGAGUUUGAGAGGCUGAACAAAAUAGAUGAAGGCACCUAUGGUGUUGUGUACAGAGCAAAGGAUAAAAAGAGCAGGGAGAUAGUGGCACUUAAAAAAGUUAAAAUGGAGAAGGAGAGGGAGGGUUUUCCACUGACAUCCCUUAGAGAGAUAAAUAUUUUGUUAUCUUUUCAUCAUCCUUCAAUUGUAGAUGUUAAGGAAGUUGUCAUUGGUAGCAGCCUUGAUAGUAUUUUUAUGGUUAUGGAAUAUAUGGAACAUGAUUUAAAAGGGUUGAUGGAGACUAUGAAACAGCCCUUUAGCCAGAGCGAGGUAAAAUGCUUAAUGUUGCAGCUUUUUUCAGGUGUCAAGUACCUUCAUGAUAACUGGGUUCUCCAUAGGGAUUUGAAGACAUCUAAUAUUCUUCUAAAUAAUCGUGGAGAGUUGAAAAUAUGUGAUUUUGGUUUGUCUCGCCAAUAUGGCAGCCCAUUGAAGCCUUACACUCACUUGGUUGUGACAUUAUGGUACAGGGCACCAGAACUUCUGCUAGGAGCUAAGGAGUAUACAACUUCUAUAGACAUGUGGUCCUUAGGAUGCAUAAUGGCUGAGCUUCUAGCAAAAGAACCAUUAUUCAGUGGAAAAACUGAGUUCGAUCAACUUGACAAGAUAUUUAGGACACUUGGUACCCCCAAUGAGAAGAUAUGGCCUGGAUUUGCUAAACUACCUGGCGUUAAAGUUAAAUUUGCUAAGCAGCCGUAUAAUAAGCUACGAGAAAAGUUUCCUCCCACGUCUUUUUCUGGCCGUCCAACCCUGUCUGAGGCUGGGUUUGACUUACUAAACAAACUUCUCACAUAUGACCCUGAGAAGCGAAUAACAGCAGAGGCUGCCCUUAACCAUCGCUGGUUCCAUGAGGUUCCUCUGCCCAAGUCAAAGGAUUUUAUGCCUACUUUCCCUGCUCAACAUGCACAAGACAGACGUCAACGAAGAAUAAUGAGGAGCCCUGAUCCACUUGCAGAGCAAAUGUUGAAGGAAGUGCAACAAGAAGAACUAGGUCUUUCUAGCCUCUUUGGCUAGAGGACAUGUACAGAAAACUUUUGGGGUCUUGGCUGAAAGAAUUGACAAUCUUGUUAAGCAGGCACCAUUGAUGGUGUUGGAGGGUCAUAAAGGAUAUUAUCUUUCUUUUUAUGACCAAAACAAGAACUCUUGCAGGGCUUUUCCUUUUCUUCAGCAGCAGUAAUUAUAAAGCACAUCCUUUAAGGUGUGGGAUAUCAAACUUUUAUAUUAGCAUGAUCAAUUCCCCCUGAAGCUUGUAUAUGUAACAAAUUUCUAAUUGGCACAUUGUAAACAGUGCUCCAAAAGACUGGAUUUAAUACCAAGCAUUAAUUGAAUGUUGGCUAUGCCUUAGUGUAAUUACUUCUAAUGGUUCAUACUGUGUUUGCAAGAGUUGACUGGUUGAUGCGGUUGGACAUUGUUGCUUCCAGUAUUGAGUAAUCAAUAUCUUUCUUGUGAAAA